CCUGCAGCUCAGCCUCACUUGGUCUCACUUUGUGGCUGUCCCCAUCACCUGGAUCGUCCUCCGGCCCGCUCUGCCUCUUUUCUGCUUCUCACUGCUGGAACGUCUGCGGCCGCGCCCGGACCCCCUGCCUUUAGCUGCCACCAUGACACCCACUGUGCCGCUUUUCCUGCUGCUGCUCGGCCUUAUCGGAGCUCAGGCUACCCUUGAUCAGCGCAUGGCCGCCGCUAUGGCGGCAGGUCUGUGCAAAACCCGUCCCACAGACCUUGUGUUCAUCAUAGACAGCAGUCGUAGCGUUCGCCCUUCAGAGUUUGAGCAAGUCAAGGUUUUUCUGACAAACGUCAUCGAUGGCCUGAGCGUCGGACCCAACGCCACCCGAGUUGGAGUUGUCAAUUAUGCCAGCCGUGUCAAGAAUGAGGUGUCUUUGAAGACUCACCGUAGCAAAGCUGGUCUGGUAAAGCAUGUGAGCAAAAUCGAGCCCCUUUCUACCGGAACAAUGACUGGGUUGGCCAUCCAGUUUGCCCUGAACGUGGCCUUCAGUGAGGGAGAAGGAGGUCGAGCCAAAUCCCCUGACGUCAGCAAGGUUGCUAUCAUUGUGACAGACGGGCGUCCACAGGACAACGUAAAGGAAGUCGCUCAACGUGCACGGGAUGCAGGCAUUGAGAUUUUCGCCAUUGGUGUGGGUCGUGUGGACAUGUCCACCCUGAGACAGAUGGCCAGCGAGCCUCUGGAUGACCAUGUGGACUACGUAGAGAGCUACAGUGUCAUUGAGAAGCUCACCAAGAAGUUUCAAGAGGCCUUCUGUGAAACAGUGUCAGACCUGUGUGCCACUGGAGAUCAUGACUGUCAGCAGGUAUGCAUCAGCACCCCGGGAUCAUACAAGUGUGCCUGCAAAGAUGGCUUUACCCUAAUGGACGAUGGUCGCACUUGCAGUGCUUGCAGUAACGCUGCAAUAGACACCGUAUUUGUGAUUGAUGGCUCAAAAAGCGUGCGCCCCGAGAACUUUGAACUGGUCAAAAAAUGGAUCAACCAGAUCAUUGACAAAUUGGAUGUCUCUGAUAGCAAGACUCAUGUUGGUCUUGUGCAGUACUCCAGCACUGUCAGAACGGAGUUUCCCCUGGGCCGACACAACAACAAGAAAGAUCUGAAAGAUGCUGUGAAGAAGAUGGAAUACAUGGAGAGAGGAACCAUGACAGGCAUGGCCCUGCGUCACAUGGUAGAUAGCGUCUUUAACAUUGCUCAGGGUGCCCGGCCUGGAGUGCAAAAAGUUGCCAUUGUCUUCACGGAUGGCCGCAGCCAGGACUAUAUUGGAGAUGCGGCUAAGAAGGCAAAAGACCUUGGUAUGAAGAUGUAUGCUGUUGGAGUGGGCAAUGCAUUGGAGAGUGAGCUGAAACAGAUCGCCUCUGAGCCAAUUGCAGAGCAUUACUUCUACACAGCUGACUUUAAAGCUAUGAGCCAAAUUGCCAAGAAGCUACAAAUUAACGUCUGUAAUGGUGAGGAGGACCCUUGUGAGUGCGACACUCUUGUAAAGUUCCAGAAGAAAGUAGAGACUGCCCUACAAGCACUAAACAAAAAAUUAGAGAGUAUGUCAAAGAGGAUUGCCUUGCUGGAGAACAAAAUUGUCUGAAGACUCCCACGCAACUCAUCUUGAUGGCCCUGCACACAACCUUCAGUAAAAUGCUCAAGUACCGGUAUAUGAAUUCAAACUUCUGCUUGUGCCCCGAACUCUCCAGAUCCUUCAAACCAACUCCUGGCCCCGACUCUGUUCCAGAUUUUUCUCCUCUCCUCUCCUGGGACACAAACCUCCAUUACCAUGGAGGGCAUGCCUUUACAUGUGCAUGCUCUCUGUAGGUUGAUCUCCAAAGCCGGCCUGUGUACUAAAUAAAACUCUUCCCUCAUAGGGAAACGGUGAUUGUUAGCUAACGGUUUUAUUUUCUUUGUCACUGCCAGAAAAGUCCUGUGUCAAGUCAAAUGAUGCAGGUCCAUCACCUUUACUUCUCUGUUUUCUUCCCUCUGCCUGCAUCUCAUUUCUUUUUAUUCCAAAUGUGGCUUUAUACAUAUACAGGUGAAUUGAUAUAAAAUUUAUGUCUGACAAUAAGAAUAUACCAGUGAUGUUUAUUUUGCUAAAUAAAGGUGAUUCAGGAUGUAAAC